AUGCGAAAGGAGGGUGCACUUGAGGCUCAAACGGGUGCCGUCAUCACCAACUUCCGUGCUUCCGCCUCUUUCACCUUCAUUUGUUCUCCCCACAACCCCAGUCUCCUUCUCUUCACGCUACACAUCUCUCCUGGGACCCCCCGAAGGUUGAACUCUACCCUAUCGCGAUCAUUGACUCUGCCCGCCAUGCGGGAUAGCUCGCUCAAGCGCUCUGUAGGCGUGGACCUCACGCGAUCCAUCAAGGAGUCUCGUGUCCUCCUUGUUGGCGCAGGUGGGAUCGGCUGUGAGCUCCUCAAAAACCUCGUCCUGACCGGGUUCGGCGAAAUCCACAUCAUCGAUCUCGAUACAAUCGAUCUGAGCAAUCUCAAUCGCCAGUUCCUCUUCCGGCAUGAACAUAUCAAGAAAUCGAAGGCCUUGGUUGCAAAGGAAGUUGCGCAAAAAUUCCGCCCAGAUGCCAAACUUGAAGCCUACCACGCCAACAUCAUGGACCCCCAGUUCAACAUCUCCUGGUUUGGGUCUUUUUCAGUCGUCUUCAAUGCGCUUGACAACCUGGCCGCAAGACGUUAUGUGAACAAGAUGUGUCUUCGCGCAAACGUCCCACUAAUUGAGAGUGGCACCAUGGGCUUCAACGGCCAAGUCCAGGUCAUUAAGAAGUCGGAGACAGAGUGUUAUGAUUGCAAUGCCAAAGAAACGCCAAAGUCCUUUCCCGUGUGCACAAUCCGCAGCACUCCCAGCCAGUCUAUCCAUUGCAUUGUGUGGGCAAAAAGCUUCCUCUUGCCGGAUGACGAAACUGACAACUGGCCAGCAAACGAAAUCGAGGAGCUACGCAAGGAAGCCUUAGAAUUCAAGGCCUUGCGCGAGUCUAUUGGGACCGAAGAAGGACCCCAAAAGGUAUUUGAUAAAGUCUUCAAAGCAGAUAUAGAGCGAUUGCGCAGCAUGGAAGACAUGUGGAAGACCCGAAAGGCACCAGAACUUCUGGACUCAGUCCAGCUGCAAGAGCAAUCUGCAUCAAUUGAUAGCACGAUCUCCAAAAAGGAUCAAAGCGUAUGGUCCUUGGCAGAGAACUUCGCUGUGUUCAAGGACAGUUUCAAUCGUCUCAGCCAGCGCCUUAAGGCACUUCAAGCAAACACGACCUCAGACCAACCCUCUCCGAUUUUAACCUUCGACAAGGAUGACGAGGAUACCCUAGACUUCGUUGCAGCCACGGCCAACCUUCGAGCCGCGAUAUUUCACAUCGAACUGAACUCUAAAUUUGAAAUCAAGAGAAUGGCUGGUAACAUCAUCCCCGCUAUUGCUACCACCAACGCUAUGACGGCUGGGCUGUGUGUCCUCCAGUCAUUCAAAGUAUUCCAAAACGACUUGGCCCAUACAAAAACGGUAUUCUUGGAGAGAUCAGGUGCGCGAGCUAUCAACUCAGAAUCAUUGAACCCGCCAAACCCCAAUUGUGCGACCUGCUCAUUUGUGCAGGCUCGUGUAGAAAUCGACCCUGAGUCGGCAACCUUUGGGCACCUCGUUGAGAUUCUUGAGAAUGAGCUGGGCUAUAAGAAAGGAGUUUCGAUAUCCUUCGGCGACACCUUGAUCAUCGAGCCUGAAUUGGAUCCCGAAGAUUCUGAUUCCAGCUUAGAAGACAAUUUAGGAAAGAAGCUUUCACGGUUUGAAAUCGCGAACGAGAGCAUUCUUACGGUGAAAGAUGAGAAUGAUGAAGAAACGCGGGUUACCCUUGAGGUCUUGAUUCUUCACAAAACCGAUCCCUCGUCUGCGGACUCCUGUCCUGCAAAGCUUUUGGAGGUGGUGGAAAUUCCUUUGGAGCACAAGCAGCCAGUUCAACCUUCUCCCAGUAUGGCUGAGGAUUCUCUCGAUCUUGCCACUGUGGACGGCGCGUCUGUUAUUGGCAAACGAAAGCGUGAAGGGGAAGAUGACGGCGGCGAACGCAGUCCAAGGGGCUCCGGUGAACACAGCGCCAAGCGCCCUGCCAGUAAACCUGCAAUGGAUACGGAUACUAGUGAACCGAUCGUGCUCGACGAUGACGACGAAGAAGGCAUCAUCACCCUCGACGAUUAA